GGACCCAUCGAUGUGGACCCGUCCUACAACCAAGAGCCGCGCGUGUCGCUGAGGCGGCUCGGCGAUCUCAAGUGGGACAUCAUAGUGAAGAACCUGCACGAUGCAGACGACCUGGUCAUACAGAGCCCGUCAGGCACCAAGGUAGCGUUCACUCAGUUCGACAACGCCUUCUUCAAUACCACCCUUUCGGUGAUGAAAGAAGUCAAGCUGGGGUCGACUCUGUCAGUGGAAGACGUGACCCUUUUGGGGAACAAAUUGUCCGUGUCAGAGGAGACCACCUUGGGGAACAUGCUAUCUGUCAGCAACGAGGUGCUGUUCGGCUCUGUGCUCUCGGUUUACGGGAGCACCGUCAUGGGCCAGGAGAUCUCCGUCAGGGAGCAGGUCCUGUUUGGCAGCUCCAUCGAGGCUACCGGAGAUGCCUACUUUCUAGGCGAGACGUUCUCCGUGCUCGACAACGCGAAAUUCGGGACGGGAGGGCGGUGCCGCGCUGGCGGCUGGGGCGGUUCAGAGGGCGACGAUCAGAAGAAGGGGCGAGCGAGG